AUGGCUCCUGUUCAUCUUUACCUGUUCUCUACAUUAGCCACGCUGAGCGGCCUGGUGCACGCCGCACCCCCCUUCACUGGCCCGCUGCUCCCUCCCCCUAACCUGACUUCCUCAGAACACUUCGCCGAAGUGACCGCCAACCUCACCGCGCUCCUCAACGACGCCCUCGCCGACGACACGUCCGCCGGCUUCGCCGUCAACACAACCUCCUUUUCGGUAGCUGUCACCUCGCUACACGCCCCCGCCUCAUCCUCCGUGCUCUGGGACUACCACCACCUCGCACCCAAUCGCUCCGCCAACAGCACCGCCAACCUAACCGGCGACUCUACCUACCUCAUCGCCUCCAUCAGCAAAGUGUUCACAUCGCUACUGGUCCAACAAGCCAACCUCCCCCUCUCAAACCCCAUCACCACCUACCUCCCCGAACUCAACGGCCCCUCCAACACCACCAUCCCCUGGACCUCCAUAACCCUCCACCACCUCCUCACACACCUCUCCGGCCUCCCACAAACCUACGGCUUCCCCGAAGUCUACUCUCCCGCUCUCACCUCCCUCUACACCACCCUCGGCUUCCCCCCACUGGACCCCUCCUCCGAUGACUACCCCCCCUGCGGCAUCAUCGGCCUUAACCCAGGCUGCAACGCCACCACCCUCCCCGCCGCCCUCCUGCAGACCGCCGAACCCAUAGCCCCGCCGGGCCACACACCCACCUACGGCUCCCUGAGCUUCUCCCUCCUCGGCCUCGCCCUCGAGCGCGCCACCAACACCACCUUCGCGGACCUACUGCACGCGCACAUCUUGGGCCCGCUGGGCAUGGGUGCGUCGGGCCUCAGUGGAUCCUCUCCCCCCUCCGAAGACGACACUCCUGCGGCCGACGCAGUGAUCCCCACCGGCGAAUCCAGCUUCAACUCCGCCUUCGGCAUCAACAACCCGGCCUCCGGGCUCGUCUCGUCGAGCAACGACCUCGCCCGUUUCCUGCGCGCCAUCCUAUCCUCCUCCUCCUCCGCUGACGCCGACGCCGACGCCGACGCCGACGACGCCGACGCCGACGCCGACGCCGACGACGCCGACGACGCAGGCAAGAUCCUGCCCUCACAGGCGGCGGUGCGCGAUUGGCUCAAGCCCGCGGCCUUCCUGCCCACCGGCGGUGGGAACGCGGUAGGCGCGCCGUGGGAGAUCUAUCGUGUCGGGGCUGGGGUGGUGACAAGUGAGGCGAGCGGGCAGGGCGUGGAGCUGUACGCCAAGGACGGAAGCGUGUUGGGGUAUUAUUCGCGGGUGGUGCUGGUGCCGAGUGUGGGGGUUGGGGUGGUGGUGUUGACGGCAGGGGAGGCUGGGGCUCGGGCGACGGCGGCGUUGCAGGCUGUGAGUGAGGCGGUGGUGGCGAGGGUGGUGAGCGGGGCGGAGGCCGUGGCGAGACUACAGGCUAGGGGCGUGUAUGAAGGGGAAUACGUGCUUGAGAGUGGGGAGGUGGAGGUGGAGGGGAAUGCGACGCUGAGGGUCGCUGAGGAUGGGCCUGGCGUGCGCGUGCAGGGCUUGUUCAGGAAUGGGAGCGAUGUUCUUGAAGCCAUACAGACGAUUUUCGCGCAGAGUGUUGUGGGUGGAGGGGUGUUGAGCGAUGAGUGGAGGAUUUAUCCCGCGGGUGUUGAGGAGAGGGUGGUGGAAGGGGAUGGGGAAGAGGUGGUGCUGGAGGAUUGGCGCCUGGGGAUCGAGCCGGUGACGGAGGAGGCGAAGGGUGUGUUGGCGGAGGCUGGCCAUGGGGUCUUUAAAGAGGCAGACAGUGCGUGGUUGAGGGUUGAUGGGACAAUUGUUUACGGUGGGAAGUCGUUGGAUAGAUUCGUCUUUGUGAAGGGGCAAGGAGGAGAGAUCAGGGGAUUGAGAGUGCCGGCGUUGAGGAUGGAGCUGACGAAGCAGUAA